AUGGUGGGGGGUGUUGCCCACCAAGGGAGCCAGGAUGUUCGCCACGUGUUUGGCAAUGUGUUCCAAGAGCUCGUGGGCGCUGCAGUUGUUGAUGAUGUUCUGAUGUUUUGCUGCGACAGCAACAACAAAAUACCAGGCAAUAAACUGGACUGGUCGAAAGAAGUAUUCAAAAACAAUCCUGAGCACUUUGAGUGGUACAUCCAACAGUGUUCUGAAUUUCAGCUGAACCUCUUCAAAGUCACGAUUUACCGUUUGGCACGACGCUUCAACCACAGUGGAGGUGUCCAUGUUUUACAGAGGAUAAGUGGUUGUGAGUGGGAUGAUCAGACUGGAGAGGUUAAUGUUUUUAUGCAGUACGGAUAUGACGGAGAAGACUUUCUAUUAUUUGACCUGAAGACACUGACAUUCAUCGCUUCAAAACCACAGGCUGUCAUCACCAAACUGAGAUGGGAUGCUGAGAAAGCACGAUUAAAAACCAUUGAGAUGUACACUCAGAUGUUCCCUCAGUGGCUGAAGGUGUAUGUGGCCUAUGGCAACGGCUCUCUGCUGAGAACAGGUAGAGUCACAUGACCUGAUGUGCUUUCAUGGACACAGUAACGUUCAAAUGUCCUACUCAGACUCAAAACUUUCAUGUGGUGCCACCAUCAGGUCAAGGUUUAACCAGUACUUAAGUUUAUGUUACAGAUUAUUGGUUUUUAUACCUGCCUUGCAUUCAUGUGAGAUUCAUCUAUAAUUUAAGUUAAUUAGCUGCUAUUUUGCCUGUCAAACAUCAGCAUGAGUAUUACUGUUAAUAUCACGCAGACAUAAGCAUUUCCCUUAAAGCACAGCUGUAGCUCAGUAAAGCCUCACUGCUGCUGUCAUGGCUGUAGACUCUUAGCCUUAU